CAAUUGAAACGUUCGGUAAAUGUCACUGCACUUUUUGCUUAUUGUCUGAAUGAAAAGUCAUUUUAGUAAUCACUAAUAAAUUAUAAGUUUUCAUUUCACCAACUUUAUAAUAAAUUUUUACUGUAUAAUUAAUAAUUGAGUUAUUAUUUGAAGAAAAAGUAUAAAAUGGAUGGAAUUCUGUACUCAAAUAUAUUCGAAUUAAUUUUUAAAAAUACAAUUGAUCCGAUAAUAUUAGAAAAACUAAAAAGAGUUCAUAUUCAUUGGAAGAACAGUAUCGAUAAAAUUCUUGAAACAACAGAUAAAUGGAAGAGUGCAUGUUUGAAUGAAAUCGCGUCGGAACCAAUCUCCGGUAUGAUUACAAGAUUAUAUCCAACGCUUUCUUUCGACGAUUAUCAUGAACUUGAUGAUUUUAAAGUUUGGCGUACUGUUUACAUUUCAUAUAGAAAGUGGAUGAUACUCUCGAAACUUCGAGUUUCAGUCGAAUUUGUUUAUAGCAGUGCUGGUACAUCAUAUUUUCCUGAAGAAAUCCGAAAUUUUGCAAGUUGCGACAAAUAUUUUGCUGUUGGAACUAAUCGACUAAAGAUUUAUGUUUUUGGUUUUAAUCAAUCCAAUAAACCCAUGUAUUCGGAAAAUUUUGACAAUUAUAUAAAAGACAUUAGAUUUUGGUAUCCUGGUACAGGUGACGUGUUUUUAGUUGUAAUUGUUAGGCCUUAUCACAUUAAAUUUUUUAAUGUUUCUAAUAAUAUGACUGAAGUUCUGUGUAUCAACGUUGAGAAUCCAGAGGCGACCACUCUAUGCACCGGUACAAUAAAUACGUUAGUUACUAUGGACAGCGGGGAUCUCGUUCAAUACAAAUAUAAUACUGACGAUGGUCUAAUGCAAUAUACAACUGGUAGAUUAUCAGGUACUUGCGUGAAAUUAUUCUCGGAAAAGAAGAAAUUAAUCUGUCUAACGUCAAACGGACAUUCUCUAACUUUGCGAAAUUAUCGAAUUCCGACGUCCGACAAAAAUAAUGAUAUGAUUCUAGAGAAAUCUGUACAAAUAUUACGUCCUGAUUUUGCUACAUUUGAAUUUAGAAAUCCCUCACUCGACUUCCUCACUUCCAAUGUUAUCUUGCAGAAAUCAACUGAGGGAUACAGUUGUCUUAUAAUUGAUGAUCACCAAACCGACUGGCAUAUACAUUAUCCAUUUCAAAAAUUCGGCAGUGAAAAUUUGGUAACUUCCGGUGUAUUACACGGAAAAAUUUUGAUAUUGGGAUUUAAAACAGGUCAUGUGCGGAUCUUUACUGUAGAAAAUAUUGAGCAGCUUAAAAAUUCUGAGUUAGAUCUUUAUUCAGGAAUUGAAUAUCUCGUAGAUAAUGAACCGAUACAAUGGUUGCAAGUUGCUGAAGCUCAAGAAAAACUAAUUAUUAUUGCAAUUACAUACGUCAAAAUCUAUUUUAUUAAUUUCACUUCUGAGAACAGUAUUGAGUAAAUAAUCAUUGAAGUAUUGUAUCAUUGUAACAUCGGCGCUUGUAAAGUGUCUAUUUAAUAAAACAAAUAUAAUAGUAAAUAGGGGGGGGGGCAAAAGGGGGUAGGGUAGGCAAAACGGGGUACCCCCAAAAUUUUAUGAAAAAAAA